UGUGGUUCGCCAGAGGACGACCCUUGGACGAAUUUACUCUCCGCUAUACGCUCGGCAGGCAUCAUGUCGAGUUUGGCGGUCAGAGACCCAGCCAUGGAUCGAUCACUGCGUUCGGUGUUCGUGGGGAACAUUCCGUAUGAGGCGACGGAGGAGCAGUUAAAGGACAUUUUCUCAGAGGUUGGUUCUGUUGUCAGUUUCCGUCUCGUCUACGAUAGAGAGACUGGAAAGCCCAAGGGUUAUGGCUUCUGCGAGUACCAAGACCAGGAAACUGCUCUUAGUGCCAUGCGGAACCUCAAUGGGCGAGAAUUUAGUGGGAGAGCGCUCCGGGUGGACAAUGCUGCCAGUGAAAAGAACAAGGAGGAGUUAAAGAGCUUAGGCCCGGCAGCCCCCAUCAUCGACUCACCCUAUGGGGACCCUAUUGAUCCAGAAGAUGCUCCAGAAUCGAUUACUAGAGCAGUCGCCAGCCUGCCCCCAGAGCAGAUGUUUGAGCUGAUGAAGCAAAUGAAGUUGUGUGUCCAAAACAGUCACCAGGAAGCUCGAAACAUGCUACUUCAGAACCCACAAUUGGCGUAUGCUCUGCUGCAGGCACAAGUGGUGAUGAGAAUCAUGGACCCAGAGAUUGCACUGAAAAUUUUGCAUCGUAAGAUACAUGUCACACCACUGAUCCCAGGCAAAUCUCAGCCUGUCUCUGGGCCUGGCCCUGGUGGGCCUGGACCUAGUGGGCCCGGGGGGCCUGGAGGCCCUGGCCCUGGCCCUGCUCCUGGCCUCUGCCCGGGACCUAACGUUAUGCUGAACCAGCAGAAUCCUGCCCCUCAGCCUCAGCAUUUGCCACGAAGACCUGUGAAGGACAUUCCUCCUCUGAUGCAGACCUCUAUCCAGGGAGGAAUUCCAGCUCCGGGGCCAAUACCGGCUGCAGUUCCUGGACCUGGACCUGGACCUGGUUCCUUAACUCCAGGAGGAGCAAUGCAGCCACAAGUUGGCAUGCCAGUGGUUGGUCCAGUGCCCUUAGAGCGAGGACAGAUGCAGAUAUCAGAUCCUAGACCUCCAAUACCUCGUGGACCCAUGCCUUCUGGUGGCAUACCUCCUCGAGGACUACUGGGAGAUGCUCCAAAUGACCCACGUGGAGGGACUUUGCUCUCAGUGACUGGAGAAGUAGAGCCCAGAGGUUAUAUGGGACCACCCCAUCAGGGUCCCCCAAUGCAUCAUGGUCAUGACAACCGUGGCCCUGCCGCACAUGAUAUGAGAGGAGGACCAUUAGCAGCAGAUCCCAGAAUGCUAAUUGGAGAGCCCAGAGGUCCCAUGAUAGACCAAAGAGGUCUGCCUAUGGAUGGUAGAGGAGGUAGAGAAUCUCGAGGGAUGGAGACUCGGCCCAUGGAAACGGAGGUCUUGGAGCCUCGAGGAAUGGAGAGAAGAAUGGAGACCUGUGCCAUGGAAACCAGAGGGAUGGAAGCAAGAGGCAUGGAUGCAAGAGGACUAGAGCUGAGGGGCCCUGGCCCUAGUUCCAGAGGUCCAAUGACUGGUGGAAUCCAGGGUCCUGGCCCCAUUAAUAUGGGGGCAGGUGGCCCUCAGGGACCUAGACAGGUUCCAAACAUUGCUGGAGUGGGAAAUCCUGGAGGUGCCAUGCAGGGGGCAGGUAUACAAGGAGCAGGAAUGCAGGGAGCAGGUAUGCAGGGAGCAGGCAUGCAGGGAGCAGGCAUGCAAGGAGGGAUGCAGGGAGCGGGCAUGCAAGGAGGGAUGCAGGGAGGAGGUAUGCAAGGAGGAAUGCAGGGAGCAGGCAUGCAAGGAGGGAUGCAGGGAGCAGGCAUGCAAGGAGCCAGUAAGCAAGGUGGAGGCCAGCCUAGCAGUUUUAGCCCUGGGCAAAGCCAGGUAACUCCCCAAGAUCAAGAAAAAGCAGCUUUGAUCAUGCAGGUUCUUCAGCUGACUGCAGAUCAGAUUGCCAUGCUGCCUCCUGAGCAAAGGCAGAGUAUUUUGAUUUUAAAGGAACAAAUCCAGAAAUCCACUGGUGCGUCUUGAAUGGUUUUCAACUAAGAAGUACUUCGUUAUUCCUUCAAAGUUUAUUCUGUGGCAUGAAGUGGUGCAAAAGGCUGUCUUCUGUGUUCGCACACUUUAACCAUUUAAGGUCUCCUUCUCUCUAGACCUUAAUCUUAUUUCUAGUCCUGUCGCUUUCUGCUUUCCUUUUAUUUUCUGAUUGGGGGUAGGGGGUGGAGGGAGUGGGCAUGUUCACUUUGUCACUAUUACUCUACUAAGUACCCUGAAAAUGUCUACGUCAUACCAAAUAAGGCCAUGAGGAAGAUGCAGGAAUAAUAACAUGUCUGCACUUUGUUAACCACGUUCUAAAAAUACUGAGUAAACGGGGAACUACAGAAAAGUUGAAAGUGGCUUGUUACAGUGUUGAUAUACUAAGAUAGCUUAAAGUGUUUUGGUUGUAUAUUGAACUGAAUGACAGAAUGUUAAGAUACAUGUUUUGGAAAACUAAAAUACUGUAUUUUGGAGGCAGUAGAGUACUGUAGUAAUGCUAAUAUUUAGUUAUUUUGGAAUUAUUUUUGAAAUAUUGGAGCUAACAGUCUGUGGUGUAGAUUUUUUUUUAAAUAUCAUUAUCUGUAAAAAGAUAAUUUUCAUUUAUCUGACUUUUUUGAGACCAUUAAUAUUUUUGCCUGGUCCCAACUGUGGUGAUUUUGCAGGAUAGUUGUAGUGUCAGCUGAAUUAUAUAAAGCCUUUUCUGGGAAUACUCAAGUGAUCUCCUAAUACAUUUCUCUAAAAAUUCUUAAGCCCCAAGUCUGAUUGUAAGUAGAUUUUUCAUACCAUCUAAAAGAAUCAGACAUGGGGGUUGGACUUUCUUGAGUAAUGAAGGUUUUUGUUUUGUUUUGUUAUUCCUUCAAAUAAAGCUCCCAGGUUCUUGAUAAACCACUAUCCAUACACAGAUGGAAUCCAUUUGGUCAGCAGGAAUCAGAAGUUAAAAAAUCUUAGUCUUUGCAUUUUGACGUGUCAUACAGUUUGAUAACCUUCACAGACUACUUUCCUGUCAUCACCUUACUAGAACCGAGGCCCAGGGGGACUGACAACUCUGCUCAGCUAACUUAAUAUUUCUUACAACUCACAAAAGCCUUUUGGUCAUAACAUGUUCCUAUGAGAUGUGCUUUAAAAUAAAGCAGUAUGGAACUUAAUACAUUUUCAUUAGCGCUACCAUAUUAUUUUUUGACCAUGGCACCUAGAUACCAUGUUAUACCUAGUGUGCAGAAAUAAGCACGAGCUAGCCAUUUGACCAAGUGACAUUCCUCUGUAGGAAAAUAAAUACCCAGCUACAGAGAGGAGAAUAGCCUUAGGGAGAGAGCUGAGCCAAGGGAUGUUUUUCCCCUUGCAAAGUUAGAGCAUUUUAAGUGUACAGAGUCUUCAUUCCUAGGCUAGUUUCCAUCGAUUUAGCUUUUUGUGUGAGUGUUAAACUUCCUGUGGUUUCCUCUGCCUCUCCUAUGCUGAAGUGGGUUUGUGUUGUGUACCUUUGUGCUAGUUCUGGCUGAUUCCAGUUGCUUGCUUUCGAAAUUGCAGUUGUUAGCCCCAAACUUCUUAAAGUCUUUGUUAUAAGAAAAUCUCUGCAUUGUUUAAUGAAAAUUAAAUAAAAAGGUUGUAUAAUUAA